AUGGUAGUUGUGAUUGGUUGGCUUAUGAUCCUAGGGGACUUAUGGAAUGAAGCGAUUAUGAGAUCAAAGGUAGAGAAUGGGAGGAAGGGAAGCAUAAAGGCCAUAAGACGAUGCAGGGCAGCUCAAGCCGUACUCGUCAUUCAGGUGGCUUCCACUCGUGUGGUGAAGAAAAACCUCAAUCCAGUUUGGAAUCAAGAGUUCAUAUUCCCUGUCGUGGAUGAUAACCAUUUACUCAAACUGUAUGUGUGGGACAAGGAUAGAUGGGGAUGUGAUGACAAGAUGGGUAAAACUGAAAUUGAUGUGAGAGAUCUAAUGGAGAAAGAUCUGAAUUCUGGAAAGGUGGUUUCUCCAUGCAAGCAAAACUUCUUGUACAAAGAUAGCCAUAUUAUUCAGCUUCAAGGUGAGAAAAAAGUGCAAGAAGCAUGCUUGUAGUUUGGUAUAAAUACUAAAGUUGUAAUAUGACAAUUGCUUUAUAAAAAGCUUGAAAUAAAGGUGAGAAUUUUGAUAUAGAAAAAAAUAUUAGUUUAU